AUGUCAGAACCGACGGAUCCCAACUCUGGUGAUUCGACCGGUUUACCCACUGAGUCGAAUGCGCCAGCUACAGAGACCAGCCAGCCCCCGGCACCGAGUGGACAGCCGACUGAAGAAACGCAUGUGCCCUCGAAUUCGAAUCAUGGGUCAGUUACGAUGAGCGAGCCUCCGUCAGAGCCCCCACAACCAGCGCCAGAUACCAAUCAACAAGUGAGCACUGGCAACCCGCAAGAAGAAACUCACCCAUCUGCACCUGCACCCGCGCCAAAUGUCACCUCCUCGUCAAUCGAUCAUGCACUGCCUGCGAUGGACUCCCACAUUCCAUCGCUAGACUUUGACACAGAAUUACCAUCGAUUGGAUCGUCUGCAGACGCGGACCUCUCCCUCCCAGCGAUCGAUACAACGCUGCCAUCACUCGACUCCGCGUUGCCGGCAAUUGGAACGGACAUUCCCACCAUGGAGGAACACGAACACCAUUCUUUCGACAAUGGGUUCGACCACCAUGACCAUCACCACAACGGAUCCGUUGAUUCGGGAAACAACUUUGACCAGCACUCCGAGUCGAUGAAUGACUCAAGCCAUUACCAAACGCCCGUCAAUGGCAAUUACCAUUACUCGCCGACGCCACAACAGCCAGAUGGGCAACAACCGCCCCAAGGGCAGUCUCAGCAUCAGUUCCAGUCGCAACCACCGAAUUACCAACAGCAGAGUCCCGACAUGUAUCACAAUCCUGGUGGCUUUUCCUCGGUGAACUCGAACUCCGGGAAUAAUGGCCAGGGGCAGCCUGGUCAGGUGCCGCAGGCUCCCAUCGGAUCGCCGAUGCCCGCACACAUGCCUCCGAUGGCUUCAAUGGGCCAGUACAUGACAGGCUACCCGUCCAAUGGUCCGCAAAAUCCAAACUCGCAGAUGCGAUACCCGCUUCCCGGUGAUCCUAACAAGAUUCUAUCCGGCGGGAGGCAUAAGAAGGAGGUGAAGCGACGCACAAAAACCGGAUGUUUAACAUGUCGCAAGCGAAGAAUCAAGCUCCAAACCCCCCCUCCGUCGCUAGUCGUCAACCCUCAAGGCCCUCCUCCUGUUCAGUCGACGACUCCUUCUUACCCUUCCGCGCCUCCUGGGUACAUGCCCGCUUCCUCGCAACCGUUUGCGCCGUCUCUUCACUCUGAAUCGCCCAGCGCCUCGACCGACCAACCUGAACAACAUCACGUAGCUUCCGUUGACCAUACCUUGGGAGCCCACAACAACAUACACCACUCCACAAAUAUGCAGAAUUCCGGUGAGUUCCGGCCUCAGAGCCUGGAGCCCACGUAUAGAGCGACAUAUGCGCCUGCGAUUGACAAGCUAUUGGAAGUUCGCUGGUUCUCAGAAAAGGCGCUGUCGGUCCUCAUGGCAGAUUCGCAGCUCAUGGCAGAUUACUCGGCAUUGAUCAAUGCGUUUAACGAAUGGAAUCUCGCCGACAGGGACACUCUAGCUCGCCUGGAAAGCUUUGAAGCCUCAAUUAUCUGGAGAAGUAUGGUUCUCUGCCGCCAGGUUCCAAGCGCAGAGAAUGGACAGUACGGACAAGACUGGAAUUUGCUGGCAACGAAUGCCCGUCUCAAUGCCAUUGAGGCUUUGUUGAGCUGGAACCACAUGGACCAAAAUGCCUUAUCGCGGCCACUGGGCAUGGAUGCCGCUACUCCACCCAACUCCCCCGAUCAGUUCAUGCAACGCCAGUUGGAUUUCUGGAGCGAACUUGGUGACUUCCUGACUCUUCACGACAACGAGGCCAGCUCAGCGAAGCAGAUUGACGACACUCUGAGUCGGCUUCGCUCAAUGCUGGAUACAUAUGAAAACCGCGAUAUCAUCUACUCUAUUGCUAUUGCACGCCACCUCGGUCAGCGCUGGGCCGAUUUCCCUCACAAUCCGCCGAAGAUGGGCUACUCCAACGAGAAAGAAUCCGGCACGAAGCUUUUCGUCGCACAGAAGUUCAUCGAGGAAGAAGCCGAAGGCAAGGGCACGACUCAGGUCUACAAGCGCAUUUGCUGCAUGGCAGUGCGCUCGUGGUGGGUUGCUCGCGAGUGA